AUGGCCGUCGAUUCCGCUCUUCACCAGCAGCGCAUCCUCUGCGGCGCCGUGUCGGCUGUCCGCAGCCUCUGGCGCCGGCGUGUCGUGCGGCAGAAAGAUGCGCUUGGGGAUCUGAAACUCCACCACGGGCGUCUUGCGGACCGCCUUGCCAAACUCGGCCUCGAGCAUGCUCUGGUACGAGUGGUCGAAAAAGUCUUCGACGUUGUAGGCCUGCUUGGUAAACGGCUCUGCCAGGAUCUUGGCAAUCGUCGCCACGUUGGGGUGGUAGUGGCUCUGCAGCUGGACCACCUCCCAGAGGCAGCUGUCGAUGGCGCGCGUCUCCAUGGGGUCGCGCUCGCGGGGCCGGAACGGGUCGGCCAUGCCCUCGUCGGCCAGCCGGGCGCGCGCCUCGGGGGUGCGCGGCACGCGGUGGAUCAUAAAGGUGCACUGCGGGUGCGUCUUGAGCAUGUUGUAGAUCCAGGGCACGACGCUGACGAUGGCGCUGGGCGGCGCGUGCAGGCACAGACGGGCGAGACGCUUGAUGAAGCUGGCGACCAUCUGGACGGGCAGGUGCGUGGACGCCAAGAAGGUGUCGAGCAGCCGGAAGAAGCGCGCGCGGUGCUUGGAGUGCAGGAGCUCGGCGUCGAGCAGCGAGUAGAGCUUGGGGAAAAAGGCCGGGUAGUCGACGUUGCGCUGCUGGAUCAGGUAGUAGAGGCCCGAGAGCGCGAGCAGCGACGUCGACCCGCCGGCGUCGUAGCAGUCGGUCAAAAAGUCGAGCAUCAUCUCGGGCUGCGCAAACCAGGGCGCAAUCACCGUGGACGAGAUGGCGAGCGCGCGCUUGCGGAGCGUCUUGCCGUCCGCCGACGACGCGACCGACGCGACCGACGAGACCGACGUGGCUGUCUGGAGCACCGCCAGCCACGCGUCCUGCGCCUGCUUGCGGUGCUUGGCGACCGAGUAGAGCGCAUGGCUGCGCUUGCGCGGCGGCGGGUUGAUGUAGAACGUCGCCAGCUCGUCGCUCGUGGCCGGCACGUCGUCGAGCAGCGAGAGCAGGUAGAACGCGCCGUGUGCGGCCGUGCUGCUCGCGGGGCUGUCGGGGCCCAUGUCGGCGAGCACGGCCGACACCGCCUUGAACGUGUAGAACUGCACGUCGCAGUACUCGCCGACGUACGUCUCGACAAACUCGUCGGCCAGGCCCUCCGCCGUCGCAGCGUCGAGCGUGGCCGAUGCCAGGACGAGGCCGCGCACAAUGGCCGUCAGGAACGGCUGCGGGAAGACCAGACGCAUGGAGAGCGUGAGCGCCGUCGACGCCGCGUCGCCGGAGCGGCCGCCCAACAAGCCCAGCAACACCGCCUCGUACUCGGCCAGCCGGUCCUUGAGCCACCGAACGACAACAACUUCCUUGUCGGACAUGCUGCGGUUCAGGUUGAGGCUGCCCGCUGCCAGCAGACGCAUGAACACGCGGCAAAGGGCAACGGCAGCCGCCAGGGCCGGACUUUGCUCUUCAUCCUCGGCCUGGCCGUCUUCGUCGUCUUCGUCGUCUUCGUCGUCCUCUUCGCUGUCCUCAUCUUGCUCACCUCCCUUCUUUGCAAUCUCAAGCAGCUCUACAAUAUUGUUGUAGUGCUUCUUGGACUCGCCGAUUUGGCCUUCCAGCAGCAGAAUGCGCUCUUGGACAUCAGUUUCGCCGUUGUCGCUCCUCUCGUCGUCGCUGCCGUUUUCCGAACGGGCCCGUUUUCGCGGUGCCGGAACAUAGGCCUCGCCCGCCUGCGGCCGGCCCUGUCUACGCGCCCUGCGCUCCCGGCCCUGGCGUCCACCGUCCGCAUGUCGUCGACCACCCCGUCGUCGUCGUCGUCGUCCGUCCCGACCGAGGACCCCAAGGCCAAGGCAUCGAGCAUCCUCGACGCGCUCCCCGGCAACUCGCUCAUCUCCAAGUCGGCCAUCCUGUCGUCGGCGGCCGGCCUGUCCAUCUACGCGCUGAGCAACGAGUACUACGUCGUCAACGAGGAGACGGUGGUCGCCUUCUGCCUCAUCAGCGUCUGGGCGGGCCUCAUCAAGUACGGCGGCCCGCUGUACAAGUCGUGGGCAGAGUCGCAGAACGAGAAGAUCCGCGGCAUCCUGAACGCGGCGCGCGCGGACCACUCGCAGGCGGUCAAGACGCGCAUCGCGGACGUGCAGCAGAUGUCGGGCGUGGUGGACAUUACCAAGAGCCUGUUUGCCGUGUCCAAGGAGACGGCGACGCUGGAGGCGCAGGCGUUUGAGCUGGAGCAGAAGACGGCGAUUGCGGCCGAGGCCAAGUCGGUGCUCGACUCGUGGGUGCGGUACGAGAGCCAGGUCAAGCAGCGCCAGCAGCGCGAGCUGGCCGAGAGCGUCAUUGCCAAGGUCAAGAAGGAGCUGGAGAACCCCAAGUCGCUGCAGCAGAUUCUGCAGCAGGCCGUUGCGGAUGUUGAGAUACAGCCACGGCCGCACCUGGUACUCGGGCUGGUCCUCCGGACGGCCCUCGACGGGUGUGUCGACAAACUCGGGGUUGAUGUACCACGACGGGUCGCCACCGGGCUCCUGCGUCACGCUGCGGCCGUUGCCGAGCCAGCGCAUGCCGUUGGCCUGGGGGCCGUCGACGCUCUCGUAGUCAAAGUCCUCCCAGCGCGGGGCGCGCAGCGCCUCGAGGGCGUGCACCGUCGACCCGGGCCACAGGCCGCAGAUCCAGUCGCCCGUGCCGCCCUGCGUGCGGUACCACGAGCGGCAGUUGUCCAUGUAGACGGUGUUGGCAAAGUAGGCGCCAAUGUACUGGGUGAAGUCGUCGACGCGCUGUUUUUUGGGCUCGAUGGUGGCGUAGUCCUCGCGCUGGACCUUGCGCAGGACCUGGACAAUGUAGCCGCACUCGGCCUCCAAGAUCUUGGUGAGGCUGCCGAAGCCGAUGGCGGAGUUGGGCCCGAACAUCAUGAGGUAGUUGGGGAAGCCGUCGACGGCGACCGACAGGUACGACUCGGGGCGCGUGGCCCAGCGGUCCUGCAGCUCGCGGCCGUCGCGGCCGCGCACCGAGAACGGCGGCGGCUCCGAGACCUUGAAGCCCGUGGCGCAGACAAUGACGUCCACGUCCAGGUGGCGGCCCCCGGCGGUCCGCACGCCGGUGGCGUCGACGCCGGCGACGGCCUCGGGCAGGACCUCGACGUUGGGGGCCAUGAGGGCCUCGAGAUAGCCCUUGCCGGGCGUCAGCCGGCGGCAGCCGGGGGCAAAGUCGGGCACAAUGAGGUCAAACAGGUCCGGGCGCGCCUUGAGGCGCUCCUGCAUGCCGCUGCGGAAGAGGCCCUGGAACAGCUUCUGCAUGUCGGUGCCGAGGAUGGUGGAGUCGUGGAUGGCGUUGCCGUCCGUCUCAAAGGCCUUGCGGAGCUUGAACCCCAGCUGGACCAUGGCAUUGUCGCCAAAGCGCGAGGAGAUCCAGGUCUUGCUGCGCAUAAACACCUUGAGGUCGGUGCCGGCGACCUUUUGCAGGCUCGGCACGAUCUGGAUGCUCGACGAGCCGUUGCCAAUGACGGCGACGCGCUUGCCGGUGAAGUCGUAGUCGGUGUCCCACGCGGCCGAGUGCAUGAUCUUGCCCUUGAACGCGUCGAGGCCGUCGAGGUCGGGCCAGUUGAUGUUGCUCAGCUGGCCGCGCGCGGUGAUCAAAAUGUUGCAGCGCUCCUCAAAGGCGGUGCCCGUCGCCAGGUUGGUCACCUGCAGCACCCACUCCUUGGUGGCGGCAUCCCAGGCGGCGCUCGCGAGCUUGUGCUGGGUCUUGAUGAAGCGGGUGGCGCCGAAGCGCUCGGCCGUCGACUGCAGACACCACCGAUGCCCUCUUCCUUUUCGUAG